AUGUCCCAGCAAAAAUACUAUGCCGUCAAGGCGGGUCACAAACCGGGUAUCUACUAUGGAUGGAAUGACUGCCUGGCUCAAAUAACGGGAUUCAAGGGAGCAAUCUUCCAAUCUUUCCCCUCACAAGAAGCAGCCAACGCGUUUUUGAAUGGUACCAAGCCCCCAGUCGAAUCGCAGAGCUCGGAGAACACACGAUUCUAUGGAAUCCAAAGGGGCCGGGUUACUGGGGUAUACACAGACUGGACAACAGCACAGGAGCAGAUUCGUGGGUUUCCGCGACCUCGAUAUCGCAAGUUCUCCACCCGUGAAGAGGCAGAGGAGUUUGUACGGGAAGGACAAACGCAGCCACCAGUCGGGUUCGGCGUGGCAACCGGGCCUCAUGGGUUAACGACCGAAAAACCGAAAGACGCAGAAGGGGUCGAAUUUGCGCCAGGCGAAGGCCCAUUGCCGAAAGGAGCAGAAGAUGGGUUUGACCCCAACGUCAUUUUAGACCCAGCCACUGGCAAAGUGGUGUACAAGACCGCCCCCCCAGAUGGCAGCGACAAAGACACAAUCAACAGGUAUUCCAGGGAUGCUCCGGAUCUACACCGAUGGGAGUUCAUUAAGGAAUGGUACUCCACUAGCAUCGGCCGGGGUAGGGGUAUACUUUGGGCCUGGCGAUUCAAGCGUGCUGAAUUGACCGCGAUCCUUCGGGCGAUUGAUAUUGCACCUCGGCACCGAGAUGUAACCAUAAUCACCGACAGUCGAUAUUCGAUUGACUGUGUUACUGUAUGGUUUAUCAACUGGCGUCGCAACAAUUGGAUGACCCGGGACAAGAAGCCGGUUGAGAACAAGGACCUGGUGGAAUCGAUUUUGGUCAAAAUCGAGGAACGCAAUGACCUUAAGGUGAAGACCUUGUUUGAAUGGGUUAAAGGUCAUAAUAAAGACCCGGGCAAUGAAGAGGCCGAUAAAUUAGCCGUUGAUGGAGCCCAAAGGGGAGUGACUGCUAAGGCAGAGGCACUACAUGUGGCCCAAGAGGUGCCGGAUGAAUUGUUUGAUGAAGAUUUUUAG